GUGGCUCCCCGGAAGAAAAUCCAGUUCCCUCAAUAUUUCCCACAAAUGAAUUUAAUAUAAAUAAUACGAUUUUACAAUAAAUAAAAUCAGUAAUUAGAUACUUACUCUAAUCUAAAACCCUUCCUCUCAAGAAUUUAAAUUGAAAAAUAUCUCAUUCUUUUCCGAUCUGCAGUUUUCUCCGAUCAACAAUUCGAUAAGAAGAGCAAGAAGAAGCGGUCUCGUCGAUUCCUUUCCUCUUAUAACAAGAAGGGUCUCUGAUUUUCUGGUUAAAGUUUUGAUAAAGGGUAAGAGAGAGAGGCAAUGAAGAAUAUUGAGCGUAUUGCAAAUGUUGCUUUAGCAGGCCUGACUUUUGCCCCACUAAUUCUGAAGGUAGACCCAAAUUUAAAUGUCAUUUUGACAGCUUGCCUUACGGUUUUUGUUGGUUGUUACCGUUCUGUUAAGCCAACACCUCCAUCAGAAACAAUGUCCAAUGAACAUGCCAUGCGAUUUCCCUUGGUUGGAAGUGCAAUGCUGUUAUCACUGUUCUUGCUUUUUAAGUUCCUUUCGAAGGACUUGGUUAAUGCUGUGUUGACAUGCUACUUUUUUGUUCUUGGGAUCGUUGCUCUUUCUGCAACCUUGCUGCCUGCAAUCAAACGCUUUUUGCCUAAGCAUUGGAACGAAGAUGUAAUUAUCUGGCGUUUUCCCUAUAUUCGCUCUUUGGAGGUUGAGUUCACAAGGUCUCAGGUUGUUGCUGCAAUUCCUGGAACCUUCUUUUGUGCAUGGUAUGCUGCACAGAAGCAUUGGCUGGCCAAUAACAUAUUGGGGCUUGCAUUCUGCAUUCAGGGAAUCGAAAUGCUUUCACUUGGUUCAUUCAAGACUGGAGCUAUUCUUUUGGCUGGACUUUUUGUAUAUGACAUUUUCUGGGUCUUUUUUACCCCAGUAAUGGUUAGUGUUGCUAAAUCUUUUGAUGCUCCUAUCAAGCUUUUGUUCCCAACGGCUGACUCUGCACGUCCGUUUUCAAUGCUGGGUCUUGGGGAUAUAGUAAUUCCUGGGAUUUUUGUGGCACUGGCAUUGCGCUUUGAUGUUUCUCGGGGGAAGCAGAACCAAUAUUUCAAGAGUGCUUUUGUAGGAUACUCUGUUGGUUUGAUCCUGACAAUAAUUGUCAUGAACUGGUUUCAAGCUGCACAGCCUGCACUCUUGUAUAUUGUACCGGCUGUUAUCGGAUUUUUGGCUGUGCACGUCAUUUGGAAUGGGGAAGUGAAACCAUUGUUGGAGUUCGAUGAGUCUAAAGCUACCAGUUCUAAGGAAGAUGAUAGCAAAUCAAGCAAGAAAGUAGAGUAGGUGACGGCACUACCUUGGGAAGAAACGUUCACCGGAAAAUUUGGCAGAGACCCUUGAUGCUUUAAUGCUGGAUUAACACUAAUGCACCCUGGCAUAUUGUUGUACCAGAUUUGGUGACUUAGCAUUUAAUUUUAUUAGUCUUUCUAGGAUAUUUUAUAAAAUUAUGGAAAUUUUAUAGAAAAAUAUGCAGCAAGCCUCAAAUUCCUCAUAGCUUCAUCUUUCUUUUUCCCCUUUCUGUCAGUUCAAGGAAUAUGAUUCAAAAUAGUCAGGAUACUUCAAGCUCCAUUCCUUCUCUCUUGACUGCACGCUGUUAACUGUUUUAGCCUUUGCUAUUGUUGUUUAGCAUCAGAAGUUUGAUUUUUAUGUUAG